AUGGAGGCGGAGAAAAUAGACAAUCAGAAGCUCUUCCAUCAGAUGAAGAGGAAGAAACGCGUGGCGAAGAAGGCGCGCAUUGGGUCCCCGCAAGCUUCAGCCGAGCCUCGACUUCCACAGACUUCUGCCUCGGGGCCCGAGGUGGCAGCCGCGCCCGUCAUCGACUUGGAAGAGGGGGUUGUGCCUAAGGGGCCCGAGGUGAUGGCGGAACCUACCGUUAAGCCCGCCGAGCCCGCUGCCAAGCCCACCAGACUUGCUAGAGAAAGCGUUGCCGAGGCUAACGCUGCUGUUACCGGGGCUCAUCCUGCCGAAGCUGCCGCCGAGGCCUCCAAGAGUUCCACUCACGAUGUGGAGAUGACGGCUUCCAGCUCGGAGGGUCAGGGGAGCCAAACCAUCCUGAACCCCCAAUGCAGCUUGAAGAAGAGUAAGCUGGCUGCAUACUCGGGGGAAGUCAGCAAGUGGGCCGAACUCACUCUUGGUCAACUCGGCGCCCGAGCUGCCACUCAUACUAUGGUGGUGAACUCUGUCAUUCGCGCCUUGACCCUCCAAUCAGAUCGACAUCUGAGGCGGGCUCUGGAGGGUGAGAAAUCAUCUCACGCAGCCCAUACUGAGUUGAGGGCAGCUCGUUGUCAGGUUCACCACUUAGAGAGCGACGCAUUGGCUCAAAAGAGUUUCAUCGAGGUGUUAAUGUCAAACAAGGGAGAGUUGGCUCGAGAUAAAGAUAAGUUGAGGGCCGAAGUGAACAGUCUCAAGGUCGGUCAGGAGGCCUUAGGGCUCGAGGUGAGCAGCCUCAAGGCUGAGCGGGAUGCCUUGAGGCUCGAGGUACAAGGCCUCAAGGAGGCGNCGGGGCCCGAGGUGGCAGCCACGCCCGUCAUCGACUUGGAAGAGGGGGUUGUGCCUAAGGGGCCCGAGGUGAUGGCAGAACCUGUCGUUAAGCCCGCCGAGCCUGCUGUCGAGCCCACUAGACUUGCUAGAGAAAGCAUUGCCGAGGCCAAUGCUGCAGCUGCCGGGGCUCAUCCUGCUGAAGCUGUUGCCGAGGUCUCCGAGAGUUCUACUAACGAUGUAGAGUCAAAAGACGACCCCGACUCCGAGGAUGUAGGUCCCGAAGAUGGAGUAGAGGAUGCUGUUCCAGACACUGUCUCUGAGGGGGUCGCUGAUAGAGGUGGCGAGCCCCCGAAGUAG